CAUUCAGCAAGUUGAAAAGAUGUUCCUGAGAAUUGUUCUACUAGCAGUGGCAGUUGGUGCCUUUCCUGGCGGAUACUUGGAUGAAAACAAGUUUGAAGUAACAAGGGGAUGCCUGCAGCUCAACGCUAACAUCGGAUUCAACGUUGAUCAUCCCUACUACCGCAUGGGUCAGUUUCGAAACGUUGAAAUCAAUAAUGGAACCACGAAAAUGCGAAUGGGCGUCCUCGGAGAUAGAAAUGCCUACAUUAGACUGACUUCGACAAAUCGUCCCUAUUAUUCAACUUUGAUUCAUGAAAUUGUCAUUUCCCACUCCAUCGCGUGUGAGACCUUCUUGCAGCGUUAUGUUCGAACAGCGGUGGACAAGUUCAACUCUCAUUUAGCUUUCAAGAAAAUAAACACGAUGGGAUGGAUGUCCUUCUACGCACCACUGAUGUUCACCGUGGAGAUUACCGGGACCGGACGGGUUAGGGUUACCCGGGACAACGAGCAGUUGCCAUUCAUCGACGAAACCGAUUCCACAAUAUCGACCAAUUACAUUGGCUUUGUCAAUUGGGCGACCAACGAAAGCACGAUCUUUUUCGUUGAUUGUCCGCUGAACAAGUAAGAGUUGACAUGUUCUUUUAUCCAUUUGGAUGGAUUUUAAUGUAUUUGAAAAGGAUCACAUAGAUUUAUGUGUUAUGUG